GCGCAUUAAACCCUUCUCCAUUGGCAAUGGAGCGCUUUUCUUUGCAGACGGUAAAGAAACUACUGAAUGGCCGUACUCUUCCGGUCCUAGGGCUUGGGACUUACCGCGUGGCACGCGAGGCUGUCCGAGCAUCUCUAGACCGAGGGUAUAGGCUCAUUGAUACGGCCUCGUGUUACGAUAACGAGGAGGAGGUAGGACAGGAGGUAAAGAAGUCUGGAAUUCCCAGAGAAGAGAUCUUUGUCGUUACAAAAUUGUGGAACGAUGAGCAUGGAAAGGAGGCCGCAGUUCCGGCUCUGAAAAACAGUCUCAAAAGGUUGGAUAUGGACUAUGUGGAUCUCUAUCUGAUGCAUUCACCAGAAGGAGGGAAGGUGCUUGAGACCUGGGACACCAUGAUUCAGUUGAAGGAACAAGGCCUUACAAGGACUAUUGGAGUUGCCAAUUUCAAUGCAAGUCACCUGAAACACCUCAAAGAGGCCCGACCUGGCCACGUGCCAGUAGUGAACCAGAUAGAGAUACACCCGUUCCUGGCCUGGGAUGAGUGUGUGUCAUACUGCGAGGAGGAGGGUAUUGCAGUCAUGGCCUACUCUCCUCUGACAAAAGGCAGGAAGCUCAGAGACCCCUCUCUCUGCAAGAUCGCUGAAAAGUACGGGAAGACAGCUGCGCAGGUGAUGAUACGGUGGAGUCUUCAACGAGGAUUCAUCUGCAUUCCUAAAUCAAGCAGCGGAGAGAGAAUUGCAGAGAAUGCUAAUAUUUUUGAUUUCGACAUCUCUGAUCAAGAUAUGAAGAUUUUGAAUGGUUUGGAUGAGCAUCUAAUCACUGACUGGCCGGGAAUAAUGAAUACCCCCUGGGAACCGUAACAUAAUUGGCAUGGCGAGCUACUAUUGAUGAUUCACUGGAAUGUUUACCAUGCGCAUGCGUGAACCAUAAGUAAUGUGGGCGCGCGCGCUCACAGCAGCAAAGCUAACAUGGCGAUCCUGCGAGCCCUGACUUCGCGAUUGCCUCUGAGAGACAGCGGCCACAUCCCCGUGCUGGGACUGGGAGUGUAUCUUGCGGAGGCGGACGGGGAGACGGAGCAGGCCUGUCUGUGGGCCUUGAAGCAUGGCUACAGACACAUUGACACCGCUCAGUUUUACAGGAACGAGAAGGAUGUAGGGAAUGCAAUUCGAAAAUCUGGAAUUCCAAGGGAGGAGAUUUUUGUGACAACAAAAGUUUGGAAUUCGUCUCACGGAAAAGAAAAUACCGUCAAGGCGCUGAACGACAGCCUAAAACUACUAGGUCUGGAGUAUGUAGACCUGUACCUGAUGCACUCUCCACUGGGAGGUAAGGUUGUGGAGACAUGGGAAACUAUGGUACAGCUCCAGAAACAAGGCCUAGUAAAGUCCAUUGGUGUGUCAAACUUCAAUGUCCAUCACUUGGAGGGUCUGAAGAAAGCAUGUCCUGACCACAUUCCUUCUGUAAAUCAGUUUGAGCUCCACCCUUUCCUGGACAGAGAAGAUGUCAUAUCAUACUGCCAGAGAGAGGGCAUUAUUGUGGAGUCCUAUUCUCCCAUCACUAAGGGGAAGAAGCUCGGAGAUCCAACACUAGUCAAAAUUGCCAAAAAGUUGGGUUUUCUGAUGAAGCACAGCUUCAAUGCAUGUGUCUGCCACAGGUAUAACAAGACGGCGGCUCAGGUGCUGAUUCGCUGGUGUUUGGAUCGCAACUUUGUCGUCAUACCCAAGUCGGUCCGUGAACAGAGAAUCGUUGAAAAUGCUGACGUCUUUGACUUCCAACUCUCACCAGAAGACCUCCAGUCAAUGAGUGGAUUGAAGAGUGAAGAAUUAGUUCUGGGAUGGAACCCACUAGCCUCGCCUUGGGAGCCAUGACAUUUUGGUGACACCUUAUGAAAACAUGACUGAGUAUAUGAAUGUGCUUUAUAAAACAAAGUUUGUAUAUAAGUGAUCGUGGAAGUCAGUACUGGUGAUGUGAAUGAAACUCUUUACAACUGGGCGUCUCAUCUACAUGGACCUCUGCCAUUCCCCAGUGCACUUGCCAAUUUUUCGCUGCAAAAGAUUUCUCUGUAGGACAUCUAGGAGCUGGUUCCUCUCAUCCAAUAUCACUGUGAUUCCAAAACAUUUUUUCAAAAGAUCGAGGCAUCGUGAUACAUUUUGAUCAAGGUGAUUGAGAUACCUUUGCGAGAGUUGAUUUUGUCCCUGAGGGCUUCGUGGUUCAACUGCAAGAAAAUAAACUGUGUUAGCAUGUGAAACGUUCGAAUGAGGACGUUUACCUUGCAGUGGUGGAUUUCCUGUACUAACUGGUCCAGUACCGCACGUCGCCGGCCGUCCGUCUUGCGCUCAGAGCCAUGUGGGGAGCCUCCUUUUGGUAUAUUAUCGUCUCUCGCUGUGGUGACGUCUCGUUCAACCGUCACCUGUUUAAAAGCUCUACUGUUCACAGCGACACUGUCCCGCGGAAUCGCAGCGACAGACAUCACCACUGACGUGUUUUCAAACGGCGUGCAGGUAGGUUCAGAGGUCAUCUAUGAACGGAUUGGGCAUGCGUUGAUCCGUUUGUAUACUCCCACGCGUAAUUAUAACGUUCGGAGCAUGCGUAAGCGGAGGGCGGAAGAAAGCCUGAGGUUCAGUGGCAAAGCAGGGCACACAGUCUAAUCAGCUGUGAUAGUUGUGUGUGCACCGCUUCGUAGGACAAUAGCUAUUUUGUCUGGAUGUUUUUUAAAUUGCUGAACCCCUUAAUCAAAGGUUGUUAUUAGAGAGUGUGUAUGGUGGUCACAGUAUGUACGGCAGCUCUCACACAAUAAUAAAUGAAACACUACAAUCUACAGUUGAGAUGUUUGGACAACUCUAUCAGGCACUAUCUCCGACAGCGAGUCGACAUCCUG